AACAAUUCUCAUCUGCUCCAAGAGCUGGGAGUCGAGGAGAUGUGGCCAGGCAGUUGCCUUUGGAUAGGGCCAUGUUCCAUGGGCAUUUCUGGGAAGAGAGCCUGCAGUGUACAGCUUUUCACCUGGUUCUGUGUGGUGUCCCUCAGUGGAGGAGAAAGAGGAGCUCAGCAACCUGGAGCCUUGACCUGCCUCAAUAAUUACAUAACUACAAUCCAUUGUAGUUGGACUACCACCCUGCCAAGACGAGACAGAGUCCACCAGCUCCUCUUCACCAGCAACUUGGAACCACAUGAAAACUACAGCUGCAUCCUCCAGAUGGACACCUGCACGCUAGAACUCCCACCAAACAAAAUACUGACAGUAUUUGAUGAGUUCACCAUAAAUUUCCACAGCAGCAUAUCUGGAGUGGACCUGGUGUAUCUGUUGGACCCCAACUAUUUGCCCAGGCAGAACAUCAAGCUCGAUCCUCCCUCCAACCUGCAGAGCAGUGUCAGCUCUAGAGGCUGCUUCAUUUCCUGGAACCCUCCAAUCGAAGAGCUGUACAGGUCCCUCAGCUACGAACUGGCCUUGAGGCAGCCCGGGGAAGCCUGGGAGCGGGCAAAACAUAAAGAUCACAUUGUGGGGGUGACCUCAGCCACCAUCGAAGCCUUCGAGUUUGGCCCUGGCUUGACCUAUGAGGCCCGGCUGCGCUGUCGCCUGGGCUCCCAGGAAGUAGGUGAACCCCUGGGCGAUGAGGAAGACAUUUUCAGCUACAGGAGCCAAUGGAGUGAGUGGAGUCCAGUCCUGCAGUUCCAGUCUCCCAGCUCUCUAGGUGUCUCCUCCCCACCCCAACAAGGCCCCAUCAACACGAUCAUCAUUUUCGCCAUCUUCCUUUUCCUGAUCAGCCUGCCUUACAUCCUUUUCAAGUUAUUUCCCAGAGUGAAGAAUACCUUCUACCAGAAUGUGCCCUCGCCUGCAGCUUUCUUCAGGCCCCUCUACACUGUACAUAAUGGAAACUUUCAGACGUGGGCCAGAUCUGACCUCCUUGGUCCCCAGCUCAGAAGGCAGGGGGCCACAGAGAGGAGGGUCUUGACCAGAGAUGAGCUCUUGGGCUUCAUAUUCCAGGAGUCGAUUUCUCAGCUCACCUGCUUCCCAAUGAGGCCCAAGAAGGUAGAUGUCAUGGAAGAGAAGGAUGCCUACAAGCCCAGAGGACCUCCUCAGGAGGCAACCCAGCAGGACCCAGAGUCUAAGUACCUCAGUGUUGAAGAACUGGAGACUUGGCGGCUGCCUGGGGUGGUGAUAGACGGGCACAGUGAUAGUGGUGAUGCUGAGGGCCAACCAGACUUCCCUGGAGUCAAUCAGGCUAGUUCAUUAGCUAUCAGAUGCCCUCCCAUUUCCCUGAAGCAAACGGACCAGACCCUGGAGAGCUGCUCCACCAGCAAUAGUGAUUAUUGUACCCUGAGUGGCAGUGAGAUGCCCCAGGCCUUGGCACCUGCUGGAGAGCUACAGGGCCCAAUGCCCAGCAUGGGUCAGUGACUCCCUAGUCUUUCCAGAGCAGGCUCCAUCCUGGGGCCCACCAACAUUCAGGUAUCCUUGCCUAGCCAGCGCAGAGGACUCCUGGGUAAAAAUGUCAAUUUUUAAGUGGCAAUGGGGUCAGACACCAGGAGGCCAACAAAGCUUGUUCAGCUCUCCAGGAGCCAUAAGUUUCUGUACCUAUGAACAUUCCCUCACCUCCCUACUCUCUCCUAGAGUGGAGUAUGAGAGCCCCUCUCCAUCCCCGAAAUCCAUCCAGAUGGCAUCCUAGGCCCAACUCCUUUCCACUCUUCCUUCUGUACCCAAAGUGCCAGAACUUUUCAAAACUAAUUCAAAUGAGUUCAGCUUGACAGAUCUUUAUUAUGCCUAUGUGCAUAGCAUUAAAUUCUUAGCAAAAUGGACAAAAGUUUCAGCAAGUCCCUGCACCCCAACUUGGGGUCGAGGGUCUUGCUCCCAACUCUAGGCCCUGAGUCGUCCUUCCUCAGCUAAUUGUUCAAUCCAACCCAACUUUCAUGAAACACCUACU